AUGCUGCUCCUCGCCCUCCUCCCCGUGCUCGCAUCCGCCCUCCCAGCUACCUACUUCAACAUCUUCGGCCUCAACGCCUGCGACGAACACAUCCCGGAGACGCAACACUUCAUCUCCUUUCAAGUCUCAAACCCAAAUGCUGUUUACGAGCAAGGUGGUAAUGAGGUAGCUAAUUGCUCGAUUAAAUGGUACGUACCUUCCUCCUACCCUCCCCACUCUCCCACUCUCACUUCGCUCACUUCGCUCAGGAACACCUCCGCCCCCCUCUGCUGGACCUCCUGCUCCACUAACGGCUACCCAGUCUGGUACACCCACCUGACUCCCAACUACAACCCCUCUAACGGCUACUACUACGGCAACUUCUCCCUCGACAUCGCCGAGUAUUACGUCUAUUCCGCCCCAGUCCUUAACAACGUUUCUGUGAUCGCGGAGGUGGGGUUGGAGGGGCAUACGUGUUCCAACGGAGCGCAGAGUUCGGAGUGUGGGAUUUGGAGUGGCUAUCUACCAUAG